UGGAGUCGUGUCAACACUCCUGCUUUUCUGUCUGCCAUCUGUAUCUGAAUUCGAAUUGAUGAUUUCGUGUAAGCAUCUUUGUUGAUCGUUUGCUUCUGGAGUUGAAGGUUGCUUCUGCCAUGGAUCCUGAAGACAACGGAGAAGAGGUGGCGCCUCUUGUUGUUGUGGUUGAUGACUCUUCCUCUGAAAUCAGGCGACCAAAGAACCAUGCCAGGGACGCCCAUAUCCUGAGCUUUGCCUUCCUGUUCAUCUUCUCCGCUUAUGGGGCAGCUCAGAAUCUUCAGAGUACUGUCAAUACGGAGCAAGGUUUGGGAACAACGUCCAUGGGGAUACUUUAUCUAUCUUUCACUUUUUUCUCUGUUUUUGCUUCCGUGGUGGUUCGGUGGUUGGGGUCAAAGAAAGCUCUUGUUCUGGGCACUACGGGAUACUUGCUCUUCAUAGCUUCCAAUCUUAAACCUUUAUGGUACACGAUGGUACCUGCUUCAUUUUAUCUUGGUUUCACGGCAUCUAUAAUCUGGGUUGGACAGGGUACAUACCUAACUUCGGCUGCACGCCGCCAUGCAAAAGAUUGUAAAUUGCAUGAGGGAACUGUUAUUGGUAACUUCAAUGGUGAAUUUUGGGGGUUUUUCGCUAGCACGCAGGUUAUUGGCAAUUUAAUUUCACUACUUCUUUUACAAGAUGGAAAUGAAGGAGGUAGCCCCACUGGAACAGGCUUACUUUUUACUAUCUUUCUUGGCUGCAUGAUUUUUGGUGCAAUAUUGAUGUGCUUCUUAUCUAAAAGAGAUGAAAAAGAGGAUGCUCUUCUUUCACACACUUCUAUCAGACAUUUACUGAAGUCUGUCGUAGUUCCUUUACUGGAGACACGAAUUCUACUAAUCAUUCCUCUUAUGGUAUAUUCAGGGUUGCAACAAGCUUUUGUAUGGGCUGAAUUUACAAAGAAAAUAGUAAAGCCAGCUAUUGGGAUGUCAGGUGUUGGUGGUGCAAUGGCAGUAUAUGGUGCAGCAGAUGCAAUUAGUUCUCUGUUGGCUGGUCGGUAUACAUCUGGUCUAUCCUCUGUGACAAUAAUUGUCUCUGUUGGAUCAUUUCUUCAAAUUUCUGUCCUGCUAUGGCUGCUUUUUGGGUACAGCUUAAGCCCCGGAGUGCUUGGCUCGGUAUUGCCGCUUCUCAUUGGUGCCAUAUGGGGAGUUGGGGAUGGAGUGUUUAAUACACAGCUGAAUGCCUUAUUUGGAAUGCUUUUUAAGCAUGAUACGGAAGCAAUCUUCGCCCAGUUUAAAGUAUGGCAAAGUGCAGCAAUAGCAGUUGUGUUCUUCUUGAGCCCUGCCAUUGGCUUGGAGGCUAUGGUGAUUGUGAUGAUUGUAGCUCUCUUCAUAGCAAUAUCUGCCUUUCUUUUUCUUACUCUUCACAUUGAGAAAUCCUCUACUGAACUUCAUGAGUAGUCCUGUAUACCAAUUGCUCAUUAGAAAAAUGUUUAUCUAUGCUAUCUUUUGUUCAACA